UUGCUCACCCCUGCGAAGGAUCAAAGCAACGCUCGUCCACUCGUUUGGCGGUAUUUGCGAAGCUACGCAACGAGAAAAAGAGAGUUUUGUGCGUACAAUCGGUGAGAAAGGAGUGAAGGAAAAAAUUAUAAUGGAGGACAAGGCGAACGCUGGAAACACAUCGAUGGAGUCCGAGAGCGGGAACGCCACUCCGGCGAAGAAGACGGCGCCGAAGUCGAAAUCGGCGAAAGCAUCGAAGAGCAAGUCCUCUCAUCCACCGACGUCCGAGAUGGUGACCACCGCCAUCAAGGAGCUGAAGGACCGCAAGGGCUCGUCCCUGCAAGCGAUCAAGAAGUACAUCGCCUCGACGUACACAGUGGACGGAGAGAAGUUGGCGCCUUUCAUCAAACGGUACUUGAAGUCGGCUGUCACGUCUGGCGCUGUCGUGCAGACCAAGGGUAAAGGCGCGUCUGGCUCGUUCAAAUUGUCAGUGGCGAAGGGCGGCGAGACGAAGAGCAAGGUGCAGCGGACCGUGAAGGUGGCCGAGGCGAAAAAGCCGAAGAAAUCCGUUGAGAAGAAGACGACGCCGGUUCGCAAACCCGCGGCAGCGAAGAAGGCGCCCGCCAGUCCCGUGAAGAAGGCCGAGGCCGCGAAGAAAUCGGCGGCCGCCAAGAAGUCGCCCGCCAAAACCGAAAAGCCCGCGAAAGCCGAGAAACCGAAGGCUUCGCCCGACGCUAAGGCGAUGUCGAAGAGCAAGAAGACAGCGAAAGCGCCCGCCGCCAAGACCAAAGCUCCGAAGCCGAAGAAGGCCGCUGCUUCGAAGACUGUCAAAGCCUCGGCUAAAAAGUAAUCACGCCGCGGAGGAUCUGGCGACGACACUGAGAAACAAAUGGCCCUUUUCAGGGCCACAAAUUCACUUACGACAAGGAACAAUUUUCAGACAAUCUAGUAAACAGUAUUACACUGGACAUAUUUUCUACUAUAGGGAACAUACUGUGAUAAAUGCGUACCAUAUAAGUAAUACAUAACCUAUAGAAGAUUUUUUAUACGACGUAUGUAGAUAUAACUCGAUAGGACUUGUACAUACAUGUAUCGACCGACGGAGGUUCGAGGCAAAAUAAAUAUUGAUUUUUCAACGA